AUGGGCAAUCGAAGUUCCUCGCACUACCCGCCACCUCCACAUUGGAUGCAUCAACGACAAUCCUAUUCCACAUCAGCUUCUCCAUAUCCAGAAGCGAAACGACCGAUUGGUCCCGGCGCAUUUGCCGAACCCUAUUUGCCGAACUCGAACAAUUUGUCAGCAGCCGGAAGAAAACAGCAAAUGCGUCGAAGUGUGAUUUCCCUGAAUGCCACCGAUGGAUUCGGAAUGCGACCUGAUGAGAGGAUGAUGAGAGGAUCGAGGAUUUCAUUGAAUCAGAUGGAUUUUGAUGGAUUUCCACCUGGACAUCCGCACCCGCAUCCACGACUAAUAAUUCCACCCGAUGCGAAGACUUUGAAAAAAUUGGAGAAGAUGGAGAAGAAACAUCAGAAGUUGUUGAAGAAGUUGGGCGCUCGCGGGAUUCCGUUCCCACCUCCACAAAUGAUGCCACCCCCACCGAUGUUUACACGGACUAUGUCUUUUGAUGAUUUGAAUAGGUUGGUUUUUUGGGAAGAACUUUGGAUUUUAACGCAAAAAUUGCACGCCCUUUUGAUUUCCUUGUUAAAAAGUAGAGUAGUAGCAAAAAAAACUGGUCACAGUAUACUGUCAAAUUGAGCGGAACUAGUAUAUUAUUAUUGUGUUAUUAUAUUACUAUAUUUUUUGCAUACAUGUAACAUUUUCACCUCAAAAAAGGGAAAAAUAUGACCUUCUUGAAAAAUUGCCCAAAUAAAAUCCGUGGACUAGAAAACCAAGCAGGAUUUUCUAGGCCGUAUCAAUUUGGUUUUCGUUUAGGGGUGAUUCAAGUCAGCAAAUGUCAAAAAACUAUAUUUUUUUCCUAUUUUUUGACAUUUUUUUCAUUGAAAAGAGAUAUUUUGUCUGGAAAAAAAUAGAAAAAAAUAUAGCUUUUUGACAUUUUUGUAAAAAAAACUUUUUUCUAUUUUUUUCCGACUUGAAUUAGAUUUUAGGUCUGAAAAUUGCAAACAAUAGAACCCAUUUGACCUUCUUGAAAACCUACCCAAACUUCAAAAUUCAAUGAAAUAUAAUAUAUUUGGGCAAAUUAUUGUUGUUUCUUUUUAUUUGUGUUGAUUUUCAAGAGGAAAAAGAAAGACGAACACACUUAUUUGGUCAUUUUCUACCUGUCAACGUGUCAAAAAUAUGCGCCCGUCAACAAUAGGAAAAUUUUGGGGGAGAAGGAAAAAAUUUGAAAAAAAAAGAAAUACGGGUGGCCUAGAAAAUGAUACCUUGGUUUUCUAGGCUUUAUCAACGCAGAUAGUCUGCUUUGCAAUUGAAAAACCUUUUGUGCGCCAAAUUUUCCAGGUCAUUUUUUCCCGCCAAAAAAAAAACAUCUGCUUUUUUGUGUCUCAUUUUUUUUCUGUGUCCGAUUUCCGUCUCAUUAACCAACCAGGUGUCUAAUGGAACACAAUCUUUUAUUUUUUGUGUUUCGUCCAAUAAUAAUAAUAGAAAUAUAGUAUUUAUUAGAGCGAGAGCGGGAAACAUUAUUCUACCUUUUUGAAAGAAGAUGAAUAGGGUUCCUUACUUCCCGUUUAGGGUUUAUUUGCAUAAUAAUAAUAAUAAUAUGUGUGGUAUUUAAUGAAUACCUAAAAGGUGUAAAGACAUUCAGAAGAAGAAUAAAAGAGUGAGGUCAAAUAAAAAGGAUUUAGGGGAACUUGGAAAUUAUUUGGGGACGAGAAGUUGAAAGAUUUUCCAAUUUCUUUAGUUUCAGCACCUGAAUUCCAGAUUUUCAAAACGUCCUAUUUUCCCAUUUCAAAACCAGAACUGUUUUUUUGUGCUCAAGUGCUCUUUGCGCAAUUUGAUGAUGCUUAUUAUUAAUUUAUACACAAUAUACAUGUGAUAUAAAAAAUAAUCCUGAUAAUUUUUCCGCGCGCGCCGCCACUUCACGCUUCCGCGAGCGCACGGAAAGCAGAGCAAAUAAUGAGUGAGCGUAAUUUAUUUUAUCAAUGUGGGAUUUUUUUGCGGGACCUUUGCAAUUAAAAAUUAUUUUUUUUUAUACCUGGGAUUAUCUAGGUCUAAUAAAAAUUGUUCCGCCGCAAAUGGUAAUAAUUAAUAAAAAAAAUAAUUAUAAUUUGCACAAUGGGGGGAUCCUUGAGAAAAAAGAAAAAGGGGACCAAUAUUGUAUUUUGAAUAGGUUUUUUGGGGUCAAUGAGUACGGUAGGGGGUGGAUUAAAAAGAGCAGGUUUUGGGGAGCAAAAUUGAUUUGUUUUAGGAAGAUCAGGAUUUCAACGCAGACCCUCGUGGACCCCAUUUUAAUUUUUCAUAUUUGCAGAGCUCACCACAAUCAUCCACCUCCACCAAGUCUCGAUCCAGAUUUUGCCAAUGUUCGAAUGCGUCAAAGAGAUCAACAACAAGAUUGGCGACAUCCGCAAAGACGAGAAAUUCAUAGCCAAUUUAUCAAACAGCAACAGCAAAAUCAGCACAAUUUCAGCUCGUGAGUGGAAUUUUUUAAAAAGUUUUGAACCUUAAAAUGUUUCCAGUAACUCAACCCGUCGAACUGGCGGCUCUGUAGCCUCGUCAUCUCCAAUGACGUCAUCAGAAGAGGGUGGACAUUCGACAGAUCCAUGGAAUCAGUCGAGUGUUUCGAGUGGAAGAGAACGGCGACAUCACGUCAUGUCACCUCCGAUGUAUUCAAGUACGCCCCAUGGAAAUCCUGUCACCAAAACGAUUGAAGUUAAAGUUGAGAGAAGUGAGAAAAUUGAGCAACAAACAAAAAUUGGCGGCUCGGCUGAUGAGAAAAAUAAUAAUAUAAGUCAGCCAAUGAUUCAUCAAAUUCAUAAUGGGAAUAUGUAUGCUCAACCUAUUAUUAGGUUGGUUUUUUUAUUUGGCUGAAACUUGGGAUAACUUACAUUAAGAUAACGAUAAAAAUAAAUUCAAAUUUUUUGCAGAGGUCAACCAUCCUAUGGAAGUCGAACAUCUUCAGUCACAAAUUCACUUUUAAAAUGCGAUCAAUCAGAAAUCGAUUUCUCAUGGGUGAAUGAUGAAGAAGAUAAGCUAAAUCGAGAAGAUUCUUCGAAAUUGCCAGAAUUCUAUUUUGGAAUGGAUCCACCACAAGUUCUGAAUGAAGAAGAAUCGAAAGAAAAUUCAAAUUUGGCCAAACGUCGAAGUAAUGUUUUGGAGAAAACAGCGGCGUUUGAAGUUGAAGCGAGAAGAGCAGAUAGGAAAGAACCUGUGAGUUUUUUUUUAAUGAAUCAAAUUUUUUUGUCAACAUCAAUAUUUUUUUGCAGUCCUUCCUUUCUCGAUCUUCACAACAUCUUCCACAACCCGAUUAUUCGCCACUUCAAAUUCAUACAUCAUCUGGAGGAGGAGGACCAGCUGAAAGACGAAUUUACCGAAUUCAGAAUCAAAAUCAAAACCAAGUGUCGAGUAAAACUCAAGAUGAUCGAAGAUAUCGAAGCAGUAUUGCAUUCUGA